CUAGCACCAAUCGCUUCCAUAUGAAACACCCCGUUUCUUUGUUUACAAACCACCUGUCUCGAGGAGAAGAGUCCCAACACACCGACUGACGGCUCCGUACACCUGCGCAGCCGUGCAAAGCAGAAGCACAAACAGACGGCAGCCUUUAAAUUGUCUGCCUCUUUGCUGGUGUCGCCUUCACUCUCUUCAUUGUCGCCAGCGGUCACCAGCAGCACCAUGGAUCUGGCUUGUCAGGAUGCUGUGGUUAAGGGAGGCGUGCUGAUCGCUCAUCACAUCCGCGAGGGAAAGCACCAGUACGAAGUGGAAAAUGUCAGGUUCAAAAAAGCGAGUGAAAAAGCGUUUGUCAGGAGAGGAGACAAACUGAUGCAAUUAAAUGGCAAAGACCUGCAGGAUGUCACACCUGAAGAGCUGGCGGAGUCGCUGGCUAAAGAUAAUCCGAUGCUGACAGUCCACAAGGCCUGCAAGAAGAAGAAGCCCACGGAGCAGUUCUUCUCCGCUGAGGACACUUUACAACCCUUCUCCAAGGAGUCCACGGUGCUCAGUUUCAGCAUGGAGAUGAGGAGGAUGGAGGACCUGGAGCGGAGUGAAGCGGGGCAGGAGGGGGGCGGAGAGGAGGGUGUUUGCCAACCUGAAAGGGAGGAGCGUGGAGGCGCUGGAGAUGUGCUCAUCAUAUCCAUGACGAAAACCACCAUCUCCGUGGUGAGCGGGAGGGGCUGCGACAGCGACAGCCCCUGUGAGGGGUGUCACGAGGCGGGGUGCACCUUCAACGACGUCGUGAUGGUGUCACAGUCCAGCCAGGUGGUGCUUGUUUCAAGAGGAGGUGGAAGCUUCAGUCACAUAAAGUCGUUGGACACUCCAAUCGAACAUUUGGCUACUCAUCAAUACCUUAGAGGUCUCUGCUCAGAGAACACCAUCUAUGCGUCACCGAACCCAGAGGAGAUGACCAUCUACUUCUACAAGUCUACCAGUUUCUCCUCCUUCAGAGGACAGCCAGUGGUACUAAACUUUAGCAAGUCCAACUGCUUCCUCAGGUGCUGCAAGGAAGGCGAAAGGGUGUUCUUACAAGUUGAGACUUGCGAGAAGCAGAAGCUGAAGAAGAUCUCCAAGAACGACGAGGGCGCCCUCUCCUUCGUCUUCUACAUGAAGACCGACGGGACCAAAGAGCGGACGUUUGAGUCGGCGCUGCACGCCGACUGGUUCAUCAAAAUAGAUACCACCUUCGCUAACUCAGUGGGGAUGGCAAACCUGGAUGGAAGGAAGGGGGACGAAUCGUUCUUCUUUGUCAUACAGACUUGAGGGAGACUAAAUCUUUUCAGACGUAUUGUCAUUCAAAUUCACAUGCAGAUUUUCUUUGGGACUUGAUUUUAAAGAAAAGAAAAACAUGAGAGGAGCUUGACCCACGUUGGGCAGUGAUAGAAAUCCUACGUCACUGCGUCAAAUUCUGCUAUUGCAGAAGUGCGUAGAUAUGUAUCAUACAACUAUAUCUAAAUGUCUGUUUAUGUAAUCCUGCAAUCAGUAACGUUUCCUUUUAAGCAUAUUGUUGUUAAUAAUUUCUCAGGUGAUUUUAUAAAACAAUUAAAUAUUCAAAAUAAAAGUGAGUGAACUGA